AUGCAAAAUCCCGAUCCCACAACACUGGAGCCCCUGUGGCGAAAUAACACGACGACGAGCGGGACGGGGUUCCGCACAGGAGAUCUGGUGAUGUGUUUAGCACACGUUGCGGUGCAAAUGCGUUGGAUUGGACGAUUUCGGGCAAGGAGUCCGUAUAUGGGGGUCAGCUUGGAAUCAGAUGACAGACUGGUUGAAAAAUAUCUGAACGAAACAUUCAUCGAGGCCGGAGGCGGCCGAUCGCAAAACAUCAGGGAGAUACAAAAACGAAGGGCAACGUGCCACAGCAUACAAAACAUGCACCUGGAAGCCUUCAGCUCCACAUGGCGUGAUUGGAACCAUGCCAUAUGCGCAUACAAGCCUCGGAACCAGUACAAGAGAUACAAACAUAGCCUACAUUACAUAGGGUACCCUGAAGCCUAG